AUGCCUAAACGACCAGCCACAUCGGGUUAUGCACGGCUUGCCCAGGCAGAGGAAGACGAGAGGGACUACUACGAUGAAUCCGACGGAGAAGGCCCAUACAAUGCGCCACCCACCAUAUCCUCGACGACACAGUUUGCGCCCAUCAAUUCCCGAGGUCAGAUGCAUUCAUCUGGCCCAUCAACGCCGCCAGAACACCGCCGCAAGAAUAAUGCCUAUGCACGACGUCGAAAGCGCAGCAACUCGUCUGGUGUCGAUAUAAAGGCCAUCAACGCUCGCCUGGAGAAGUGGGCCGAGGAGAUUGCCUCCAAGUUCAAGAUCCACAAAGGAAGGGGACCUUCACCGCAGGAUGAGAAACUCGAGAUUCAUCACUCGGUCUUCCAGGCUCCAGACGGUGUCCGACCUUUUACUGCUGCUCAACUCGAAACUGACGAACAUGAAUCUGUGGAGAAGCACAAACGCGCUGAAUUCGACACUAUUGUUGAAAGCGUCCGUACCGCCAUCGAACUCGGUGUCCAUCCAAAAAUGAUCUCAAAGGGAAGCUCUGGCAGCUACUUCGCGCGCAACAGUGAUGGUAAAACUGUGGGCGUGUUUAAGCCCAAGGAUGAAGAACCUUACGCCUCAAGAAAUCCGAAAUGGACAAAAUGGCUUCACCGGAAUCUUUUUCCCUGCUGUUUUGGACGAGCAUGUCUCAUUCCCAACCUGUCCUAUGUUUCUGAAGCUGCCGCAUAUGUUCUGGACUCGCGUCUGCGCACUAACAUAGUUCCAUAUACCGACGUGGUUUGGCUCUCUUCGAAAUCUUUCUAUUAUGACUUUUGGGAGCGGAGAAAAGCGUGGGGGGGCCGCAAGCCAUUACCGCCUAAGCCAGGCAGCUUCCAAGUGUUUUUAAAAGGCUACAAAGAUGCUACUCUCUUUCUGCGAGAACAUCCUUGGCCAGACCAGGCUAACUCCGGCUUCAGUGCGGAUGACGCCCCAAAACGAAAGAAAAGGCCUUGGAACGAAGCAUGCCGACCAUCAGGUGUUCACUCUGACGACGAAGACGAUGAAUACGAAUCUACUCAUCCCAGAACACCAUCUCCUCAGAGUGAGGAUUCAGAAGAUCGAUUCUAUUGGAGUGACAAUCUUAAGCAAUCGUUCCGAGAAGAACUUGAGAAACUAGUUGUUUUAGAUUACAUUAUGCGAAACACAGACCGUGGUCUCGACAAUUGGAUGAUAAAAGUGGAUUGGAAAUCCGAAGAAGUAUCGAUUGUGGCCGAUCCUCCAAAGCCUAACGGUCAUACGGACGACGACGAUCAGGAGCAAGCUGUACCUGCUCGGCCUGUGACCUUGGACGCGGAAAGAAAUGGCGUGAAUCGUACAUCGUCGCUUCCUUACCGACGACAUGAGGCUAUGGUUGCUACGAGCCGAACAGGUACCCCCUCCAAUGUAAUGGAAAAGCAUGCGACAAUUAAGCUCGGCGCUAUCGAUAAUAGUUUGUCAUGGCCAUGGAAACAUCCGGAUGCAUGGCGAAGCUUUCCUUUCGGCUGGUUAUUUCUCCCUGUUUCCCUCAUUGGGCAGCCGUUCUCCCAGAAAACACGAGACCACUUUCUUCCCCUUCUAACAUCUACUGCGUGGUGGAGUGGCACACAGGCUGCACUUCGAAAGGUGUUCAUUCAAGAUGCUGACUUCAAGGAGAGCAUGUUUGCUCGACAAAUCGCUGUUAUGAAAGGUCAAGCAUGGAAUGUCGUCGAAACCCUCAAACAACCCGACCAUGGCCCGCUAGAGCUUACCCGACGAACAAGAGUUUGCGUGUGGGAUGACCUCGUAAACGUUCCUGUUGCAAUUCCGAUGAGACCUCCAUCUACCGAGGCUCGUCGACGUCGUGCUCAAGCUUUUGGGCAAGACCAUAGCGACGAGGAAAUGGAUAUCAGCGCAGCGGUUUCUUCUACUCCACCCCCAAAUGCCGAUUUGCUUGCAUUCGGUUCUCCAUCUGGUGAUCUUCCGAAUCCCAAUCGAUUUGAAUUGGCACGCGGACGAUCUUCCGUGGAACUGGGCAGUGUUGAAGAGACAACCGAAGAUCGCGAAGUACGGUUCAGCCAAUUUGACUUGGCUGAUGAUGGCAGAGACCUCGCUAGGAGCUGGGCUGCCCAACCGCGGCGGCCUCGCGGUCAGACUGCCGAAUCAUAUAAUGGAUAUACCGACCGCUCGGCGAGACACGUGCGGCACGGUUCGUUUUCACAUCGACGAGGCAGCAGCCAAUGGUCCUUUGGAGUCGACGACCUUGAAGGUGACCUAGGCUAUGCGGCUGCAGAAGGGAUGGAAGGCAAUGAACGGAAAGUCAUUGUCGAACGUCUUGAAGCCGUGAAAAGCAAAAAUCCCAUUUUCACGUGGUGCUGA